GAUUCAUCACUUCUGUGCAUACUAUCCCAUGCUCCUACUUCCUCUACUUCCUUGUGCAACUUGUUACACUCGUGUUUCUUUCCAUCCACUCGUUACCUUUGACGGAUCGAUACUCGACAUUUGCCUAUUUCCUAUUCCAACCUACCAGAUAUAACCUAUAACCUUGUUGAGUGUUUAAUCGUUAUAAAAUCCAAUAACCUCCACACCGCGACAAUGGGUAUCCCGGCUGCCUUCCGAUGGCUUUCCAACAAGUACCCCAAGAUCAUAUCGCCCGUCUCAGAAGACCGGCCGAUAGAGAUGGACGAUGGCACCGUCAUUCCUGUUGAUACUACACGCGCCAAUCCGAAUGGCGAAGAGUUUGACAAUCUCUACCUAGAUAUGAAUGGUAUCGUGCAUCCUUGUUCUCACCCCGAGGAUAGACCUGCCCCGAAGGAUGAGGAAGAGAUGAUGGUGGAGAUUUUCAAGUAUACCGACCGAGUGGUCAAUAUGGUUCGCCCUAGAAAGCUACUCAUGAUUGCCAUUGACGGUGUCGCGCCUCGAGCCAAGAUGAACCAGCAACGGUCCCGAAGAUUUCGUUCCGCCCAAGAAGCUAAAGAGAAACAGGCUGAUAAAGAGGAGCUAUUGUUGAUGAUCAAGAAGCAGAAUGGCGGCGUAUUACCACCCACCACCCUCGAGGAAGUAGCUAAGAAGGCCUUCGAUUCCAACGCUAUUACACCCGGCACCCCCUUCAUGGACAUAUUAGCCAUGAGCUUGAGAUAUUGGUGUGCUUAUAAGCUUAAUACCGAUCCUGGUUGGGCUAAAAUGAAGGUUAUCAUUUCUGAUGCUACCGUACCUGGCGAGGGCGAGCAUAAGAUCAUGAAUUUUAUCCGCUCCCAGAGAACGUCUUCUGAUCAUGACCCCAACACUAGGCACGUUAUCUACGGACUAGACGCCGACUUGAUUAUGCUGGGGCUUGCCACCCACGAGCCCCAUUUUCGAGUUCUCCGAGAAGAUGUCUUCUUUCAGGAGGGUAAGGCGAGGACCUGUAAGAUAUGUGGUCAGAAAGGUCAUGACGCGCAAAACUGUCGUGGCGCGGCUAAAGAGAAAGACGGUGAAUUUGACGAAAAGGACAAAGCCGUCCCACUAAAGCCUUUCAUCUGGCUUCACGUUUCAGUCUUGAGGGAAUAUCUAUCUGUCGAGCUUGAUGUACCCGGGUUGCCGUUUCGUUUCGAUCUAGAGCGGGCUAUCGAUGACUGGGUUUUCAUGUGCUCUUUCGUCGGUAACGAUUUUCUUCCCCAUCUUCCCGCCCUUGAGAUCCGCGAAAAUGGCAUUGAUACGUUGACUGCUAUCUGGAGGGAUAAUCUACCGCAUAUGGGAGGCUUUCUUACUCAGGAUGGUCGCGUUAAUCUUGAGAGGGCUCAGUACAUCUUUAAUGGUCUAGCAAAGCAGGAGGACGCUAUUUUCAAGCGGCGAAAGCAAACUGAGGAUCGAAGGGAAGCUGGUUUCAAGAGGCGCAAGUUGCAGGAACAGAGGAACGGACAUGGAGGCGACCGAAAUGGUCGAGGCACAGAUAAAGCUGCUGACAACCACUUUCCUGGCGGCCUUCCCAACUCACUCACACAUGACAUGAUCGUCAAUCGAAAUACAGCUCAAGCUUCUAACGAGGCAAAUAAAAGCGCUGCUGCUGUACUGAAAAGCCGAAUUCAAGCUUUACAGUCAGGAGCAAGCAGUGGCGGGGCUGAGAAGAGUGACACAGAAGCACAAGAAUCGCCUUCUGCGUUGGGUAAGCGCAAAGCAACUAUACUGGAGGAGGAUGGCGCAAGCACUCCUGCAAGUAGCUCAGCCGCGAGUGACGAGCCAGAAGACUCGGUUCGGUUAUGGGAGGAUGGCUACGCCGAUCGGUAUUAUGAGCAAAAAUUCCAUGUCGACCCGAAAGACACCGAAUUCAGGCGUAAGGUUGCUCGGGCUUACGUCGAAGGACUUGCUUGGGUCCUAGGAUAUUACUUCCAGGGAUGUCCGUCAUGGGAAUGGUUUUAUCCGUAUCACUACGCGCCAUUUGCCCAAGACUUUGUGGACAUAGCCAACAUAGAAAUCGGCUUCGAGAAAGGCAGAAUUGCCAGGCCUUUUGAGCAGCUCAUGAGCGUUCAGCCCGCCGCAUCGAAACAUGUGCUACCGGAUAUAUUCCAUAACCUCAUGACAGAUAGCGACAGUCCGAUUAUCGACUUUUAUCCCGAAGAGUUUCGUAUUGAUCUCAAUGGGAAGAAGAUGGCGUGGCAAGGCGUGGCAUUACUCCCAUUCAUCGAGAUGCCUCGACUGCUCGCUGCUGUCGAGCAGAAGUACCCCUUGUUGACUGCUGAAGAUGCCUCUCGCAACAGUCCAGGCAGAGACGUGCUUCUCUUGUCUGAAGCCAACCAGGAACUGUACGACGAUAUCAUCAUGCACUUUUAUUCAAAGAAGCAAGGUGAGCCUAUAUAUACACUCGACCCGCGUCUCAGCCAAGGAUUAUCUGGGAGAAUCGAGAAAAUGCCCGAGUACCUACCACAUGGCAUCUUAGAAUAUCCAUUGGAGAGGAAGUAUUUGCCUGAUCUAGACGAUGACCGUUCAUUAACGGUCUAUUAUGAAAUACCGUCAACUUCAGAUAACCACAAGUCCAUGCUUUUGCGGGGUGUCCAGAUGCCGACUGCCGCACUGGGCCGUAGCGAUAUCGAAGAGUUGAAAGGAAAGCUGCGCAACGCUGGACGAAGUCACGGAGGCGCCCCUCUUGGACGUCAGAACUAUGAUGGAAAUAGGAGGGGCAGGAUAAAUUAUGGACCGGAUUCUCGGCCAGACCGACCACCAGGAUAUCAGAACGGAUAUCAGAACGGCUACGGCAACUCGUAUGCGGCUCCCCCAGUUCCACCCCCAGGCUGGGUUCCACCUGGAUUCCCAGGCUUCGGCAAUGGGCUUCCACCUCCGCCACCUCCGGCCUAUGCUGGUGGGAACCGUGACGGUUAUGGUGGUGGAUAUGGUGGACAGUAUGGUGGUAAUCGUGGGGGUAACCGUGGAGGGAACUAUGGAGGGAGCUAUAGCGGAGGAAGUCACAGAGGUAGCCACGGCGGAAGCCAAGGUGGAAGCCAAGGGUACGGAGGAGGGUAUGCGCCUCCACCACCACCGCAGAAUGGUUAUGGUUAUGGAGGACAAUACAACCAACCACCGCCCAAUCGUGACGGUCGUGAUCAUCGGCAAUACGAUGAUCGUGGUGGUUAUCGGGGUAACAAUAGUCGUGGCCGGGGCCGUGGGUAUAGAUGAUGUGAAUGAUAAUGUGGACGAUGUGUAAAAUCGUAUAGACAUCAGAUCAAAAUAGCAAGCUCUCUAGGAGGGAACAAACACUAUAAUCAUAUCAUAGUGAGGACAUACAAUGAAUGGGUUCUAUGUCUAUGUGAC